UUCUAUUCUAUUUCUAUGGCCGUCGAAAGUUCAUCGACAACGUCAAGGCCAAAUGACGAUAGAUCCGCCAUCGUUUUCGGCGGUUUCACCCGGUCCAAGCAACCGUCGGUGAGGGAUGAUGGAGCCACCGUAUCACAGAUAGAAUGGUUUUCCAUUGAAGUCCCAGACGCAGACGCAGACGCAGACUCACACUGUCAAAAGCAAAAGCUGAAUCCGCUUUCGGUGAUGGAGAUUGAGAACGAGUGUUACUUUGCAGCAUUAGACUCCUCCAUCUAUUGUAUUAGCAGUCAUCACUAUCGUGAUCGAGUUCAGAUUUUCGACCUUACCGCUACAGGUGGUUGGCAGCCUGGUCCUCCAUCGAUUGUUAGUAGAGUCGGGCCACACAAGUUCGUCGUCGACGGAAAGUUGUACAUUUUAGGUGGUUUACGGGAAGUUGAGUCUCCCUGGAUGGAAGUUUUAGAUCCUAAAAUAGGAGUGUGGAAACCGUUACCCAAUCCUCCAGUGGAGGUUUGCGAUCAUAGUCGGAAUGUUGUCGCUCUUCUUCUUAAGCCCAAGAAGCAGAUUAUUGUCAGUUCACCCCUUAGUCAACGUACUUCUGUCUAUCUUCCUCUUGAAUGUCGUUUCCUCACAUACAGCAUCGAUGAUCAGUCUUGGGAACCAAUCGACACUUCCGUGUCCGUCUCCAAUCUACCUCCUCUUUGUGGUUACAGGCAGAGGACUAAUACUGCUUUAGCAGAUGGUGAUACUCUCUAUUGGGCUUCCUUCGAUCAGUUAGCUAGACAUGAAUUGGUUAUACACGCUUACAAUCUGAUUACUGAUGAGUGGUUCGAGGGCUAUCUCGACACUUGCGAUGAAAUUUUUGGGAAGAACGAAUUACUAGCUGAGCCUCAUCCUCACGGUCUUCUCCAUUUAGGUCAUAGUAAAUUCUGUCUUCUCUUGCAGUCCUCCUUCAUUCCUCAGAGGCAGAGGCGAGGUGAAAAGCGCAUUGAAAUUCCUUACUUGUAUUGUGUCACAAUUGUUGUUUCUAAAAUAUCUAACAUGGACCCAGACAAAGAAGGUUUCAAGGACCUGAAUAUUUCGGUUGUGGCCACCCACAAGUAUCCCAUGGAUCGCAGCAUAGAUAUCUUGGAUGCCCAGUUGCUCUGCAGGGAUCACUGCUCUUAUACAUCAAAGCAGAAGAAACCAAAGAUUUCAGAAGAUAAUUCUGAUGGUGAGUCUCUUCCUUUCAAGGAACAGUUUCAGCCAGUUAUUCCAACCCAGCAAGGACAGACAUGUGUUCCAUCGGCAUCUCAGCAGUUUCAGCCUAUGGUACAGGGGUUUCUCUCAAAUGUUGCAAUGCCUCCUAAUCUGAGUCAACCAAGUGUCCCUUCUGUAACAAAUCAUGUGCCUGGCCUGCCCAAUGAUAUUAGUGGAUUGUCCAAGUUCCAACCAACAUCUCAAAUGCUUGCACCUGGGCAACCUUGGUUAUCCUUUAAACGUCAGAGUGCAGCAUUUGCGACACCAGUACUGCAGACUGGUCAACAACCUUCAGUCAUCCCUUCUACAGAUUCUGCAGUAACUGUUCCUAGCCUUAAUCAACACUCCUCAUCUGAUUGGCAAGAGAUUAGAUAUUAUUACAACAAGAGGACAGGUGAGACUACCUGGGAUAAGCCACCAGAAUUGAUGGCCCCAAUUGAGAAAUUGCACAAAUGAAGAUUGGAUGAGAUUGAGGUAGAUGUUAUGAAUUUGGACAUCAACAAGGAAUCUAUGGGUGGUACUCUUGCACUCUGUUUUGGUUGCUCCAACUUGAUCAUAUGUGAUGCUUAACACUUGACGAGUUUUAUGGAACUUAUAUUUUAGUUGAACAAUGUUAGGUUGAAUUAUGAAACUUCAUUUGGGAUGUCAUAUUUAUAAAGGACUUUCUAGAUUGUAUGUUAUAAGCACUUUCAUGUAAUUAUGAACUUUUGGAUUGUAUGCUUUAAGUUGAACUUCGUAUUUUUCAA